GAGGCUCAUCUCCAGCUGGCUUGGGCCUUAGAAACCCCUCCUUCCCCCACCCCCCCAGGCCUCUUCGCAGGGGCUUGGGAUCAGCCAGAAAAGUCAGGCAGCUCACUAGAGGGAGGAAACAGAAGGUCCCGUGGCCAGACUGAUUCCUGCUCCUGGAGAAGUGCAGUGCCCAGCCCCACCCCUUGCCCUGUGCCCCCUCUACUGCCGAAGACUUUGACCUGGCGUUCCAGUCCUAGCUGGUGGGCAGAGGGCUGAAGUCAACGCAGCCCAGAAUCAGGAGCAAUCCUGCUGGAGACAGGUUCCUGCACCCCCAGGCCAUUUUUCUCUAGACACUUGGCACCAUCGGCUGGGGUGAUGCGCGUGGCCGUGAUUGGAGCGGGAGUCAUCGGACUGUCUACAGCCCUCUGCAUUCAUGAACGUUACCACCCAGCCCAGCCUCUGCACAUGAAGAUCUAUGCGGAUCGCUUCACGCCGUUCACUACCAGCGAUGUGGCUGCGGGAUUCUGGCAGCCUUAUCUCUCUGACCCCAGCAACCCGCAGGAGGCGGAGUGGAACCAGCAAACUUUCGAUCACCUUCUGAGCUGCCUCCAUUCUCCAAACGCUGAGAAAAUGGGCUUGGCCCUAAUCUCAGGCUACAACCUCUUCCGAGAUGAAGUCCCGGACCCUUUCUGGAAAAGAACAGUUCUGGGAUUCCGGAAGCUGACCCCCAGAGAGUUGGACAUGUUCCCUGAUUAUAGCUAUGGCUGGUUCAACACGAGCCUCCUUCUUGAGGGGAAGAGCUACCUAUCAUGGCUGACUGAGAGGUUAACUGAGAGGGGAGUGAAGUUCAUCCAUCGGAAGGUGGCGUCUUUCGAAGAGGUGGCGCGAGGAGGCGUGGAUGUGAUUAUCAACUGCACCGGGGUGUGGGCCGGGGCUCUGCAAGCAGACGCCUCCCUGCAGCCAGGCCGGGGCCAGAUCAUCCAGGUGGAGGCCCCUUGGAUAAAGCACUUCAUCCUCACCCAUGAUCCCAGCCUUGGCAUCUACAACUCUCCAUACAUCAUCCCAGGUUCCAAGACCGUUACGCUCGGAGGUAUAUUCCAGCUGGGGAACUGGAGCGAGCUAAACAGCGUCCAUGACCACAACGCCAUUUGGAAGAGCUGCUGUCAACUGGAGCCUACCCUGAAGAAUGCAAGAAUCGUGGGUGAACUCACUGGCUUCCGGCCAGUCCGACCUCAGGUCCGGCUAGAAAGAGAACGCCUUCGCUUUGGAUCUUCAAGUGCAGAGGUCAUCCAUAACUAUGGUCAUGGAGGUUACGGGCUCACGAUUCACUGGGGUUGUGCAAUGGAGGCAGCCAACCUCUUUGGGAAAAUUCUAGAAGAAAAGAACUUGUCCAGGAUGCCUCCAUCCCACCUCUGAGGACUCUGUCCUUCCAGGGCAGUGAUGCUGGCUGGUUCUAACCAAGGCUGCAUGAGACAGGCGAGAUCUACAACCAUGAUGCAAUUCUUCUCACGCUGCAACGACUGUACUAAGGCUGGUCCUACUGGGUGGCAGGACCUGUGUUCAGUCCGAUACAGAGUGGUCUGGAGUCUUUUGCUUAGAACUCUGAUGAACGGUUCACGACACGAUCCAUGUCUAUUUGUAGUGAUGGAGUGAUGGGAGGAGAAGGAGGAAGAAGGGGAGG